AUGUCUCUAGAGCACACGAGCGUUGCCGCUCUCUCACCCACUGGCAAUCUAUUUCCUCAUAACCUAUUUCCUAGGGAAUUUAAUACAUCAACCUAUAACAAGUCUAUGCCAACGGUGGAUUCGAGAACACAAACUUAUCUGAUACCACUCAACAACAUACCUCCUCUGUCAUCGUCGGAUACUCAACAAGAUAUUCGUCGCAUACAACGGCAACGUCAAAUUUUAAACGGAACCCAUAUAUUGAACGCCCCGCACUCUCAACAUUCGUCAUCUAUCGACGUUUGUCGUGACAGGGUGGGUGACAGACACUCAAGUCGUGGUUCACAUGAGAUAGAACGAAAUGGAUCAUUGGAUUUAUUGGUUGAUUCUACUAUGAAUCUAGGAGAUUCGGAUUAUUUAAGUACAGGGAAAUUGGAACAAAAACGAUUGGAGCACGAACGACAGCGAAAAGAGCAACGAAAAUUGUUCGAAGCGCAAAUGAAGAUUCUCGAGCUUCAGCAACUUCGAGAAGAACAAGACCUGCUUGAAAAACAUCAAUCCGGUUGCGUCGUUUCAUCCAGUGCGCCAAGUACACCACCUUCGUUGGUGACAAGUGAUACCCGCGCUCGAUCAAAUACGAUACCCAGGUUAAAUUCGCCGAAAGGAAACGACACGCUAAACUCUUCCCAAUUCGAUCCACUCCAACCUCCAUCGCUAAAUCACGGUUUGAUGCAACGAUCUCGGGCGUCAUCCCGUUCUGUUCCAAAUUCGCGGCGUAAUUCUAACGAAAUUCCUGAGGAACCCGUGUUACCUGAUAUUGAGAACUUGUCUCUCAGUUCAAAGAACGAAAAUUCCGAUAACACAGAGGAAGAUUUCAUUCGCCCCUCGAACCAGAUUCAAGGUUCAAAUCCACUUCUUACGCCGGAAUCAAUUGCGAUCAACGCGUCCAAUAGUGAUAUAUUGUUUCCGCAAUUUAACGGAAACUUCCUACUUGAUGACGACGGUGAAUCGACUACAACAGGUUUAGGUGCAAAUCCUUCGUCGUUGCAUGUUAGCCAUUAUCUCCAAAUGCAUUCGGACGAUGACAAGUUUCCGAUAUUAGUUCGUCGCGACAGUUAUCCGGGCAUGUUAUCGGCGUCUUCUGCCGCGUUGGACCUGGCCCCCUUACCUCAAACACCUUCUCGUCAUCGAAGUUUCGAUCCCAUACGGAAUGCGGAUUGGACACACGACAACUUGUCCGAGGAUCGAAAGGAAUCACGUGUUCAGAUAGCGCCCAUAUUUUCCGAGAAUCAGGUGUCGUCCAGCAAGAAACCGGUUGUCGCCUCUGCAUCCGGUGGCAUAACCCCUUGUGUGGUUGAUCCAAAUGGGUUGUCUUAUGUAAACGAGAGGAAAACAUUGGUAGAUAACUCAUCCGCGAAAUCUAGGGCACCAAAACUUUCGACCUCAUAUUCUACACCGGACUUGGCUAGCGCGACUCGAUUAUUUGGUCGUCGCUCUACUGUAAUUAACUGUCAGAUGGUGAACGAGGUACUCGUCGAAGUCGAUAAUUCGAUGGCGCAAACAAAUCAACCGCAAAACACGGGUGAUUCGGCUAACGGUGUAUGCAAGUUCUUUCAACAAGGGUUAUGUUCUCGAGGUGAAAGGUGUCAAUAUGCCCAUACACACGCUUAUGGCGGAAUGUCGAUGAACAUGGGCCUGGCAUCUCAGAUGGGUGCAUAUUCGGGAAUUGUUCCAGCUGGGAUCGGCAUGUUACCGGGAGCUUCUGGAUUUGGAUAUAAUCACAAUCUCACCAACAAUGUAGCCACAAUCAAUUCUAACAAUAACAUGAGAUCGAUCGUGCAGGCUAAUAACUCGGUCCUUUCGAAGAUGAAUCAGAAGCGGUUGAGUGCAGACCUUGAAGUUAACAGGUUUGCUGGGGUACUGUUGGAGGAAUUGGUUGGGGAAAUAUAUUCUCUUUGUAAGGACCAACAUGGGUGUCGCUAUCUGCAAAAGAAGCUUGAGGAGAAGAACGAUCAGUACCUCGGUAUGAUCUUCAACGAAGUUUUUAGUCACUUUGUUGAACUGAUGACAGAUCCUUUUGGAAAUUAUCUCUGCCAAAAACUCCUCGAAUACUGCAACGAUGACCAGCGUACAAUUAUAGUUGAGACCGUCGCACCCGAGUUGGUGAACAUUUCGUUGAACAUGCACGGUACUCGUGCAGUUCAAAAGAUGAUUGAAUUCCUAUCAACACCAAAGCAGGUCCGUACAGUUAUCGUGGCUCUUAAUCCUAAUGUCGUGACUCUGAUUAAAGAUUUGAACGGCAAUCACGUCAUCCAAAAAUGCUUACAUCGGUUGAGCUCCGAGGAUAAUCAAUUUGUAUACAACGCUGUCAGCAAAAAUUGCGUCGAGGUCGCGACACAUCGUCACGGUUGCUGUGUGCUUCAAAGGUGUAUCGACCAUGCCAGCGAGUCACAAAAGAUACAGCUUGUUACUGAGAUCACGUUCAACGCACUCACCUUGGUUCAAGAUCCUUUCGGCAACUAUGUUGUUCAAUACGUUUUGGAUCUAGGCGACAAUCGGUUUAAAGAUGCACUAAUUCGAAAGUUUAUUGGCAACGUGUGUCUUUUGUCUGUGCAAAAGUUCAGUUCAAAUGUUAUGGAGAAGUGCAUCAGGGUUUCAGAACCUGAAACGCGCAAGUUUCUAAUCGACGAGAUGCUCAACAUGAAUCGACUUGACAAGUUAUUACGAGAUUCGUACGCGAAUUAUGUCGUACAAACUUCGCUCGAUUACGCGGACCCUGUGCAGCGCGCCCAACUUGUGGACUGUAUUCGACCACUUUUGCCAGCCAUCCGUAACACUCCAUAUGGAAAGCGCAUUCAAGGGAAACUUCACCGCGAACAACACAUGCAAGCCUUGAGCACGAUCAACAACCUUAACAUGAGUAAUAGCCUUAACAUGAGCAACGGUCUUAACAUGGGCAACAUGAACUUACUCAGGCUUCCAUUUAACGGGUUGGGAAAUUUCGGUAUGGUUGGCCUGAACGAAUUUACACAAGGUUACCCGUAUUUGUAA